AUGAAGUUCCGCGAUGGGAUGUGGCUGGUCAAUGACCGUUUCACAGUCCAGCAUGCAGAGGAAGUAUACACAGUUACCCCUCGCGAAGACAACAAAGCAAUCACACUGCUCUGUCCGAGUAAAAAGAUCUUCUCUCGUGGCGAUACCCUUAAUCUGAGCACGAUAUCCGUGGAAGUCGAAGCCCAGUUCGAUGGCGUCAUUUCCCUCGAAGUCACGCACUUUGCCGGUGCGAGGCGGCUUGGCCCGGAUUUCGAUCUCUUCCCGGACGGAAAGCCCGAAUGCAAGGGUGAGAUUUUCAAGAAGGACAAAGGUACUACGGUCACCUCAGGGGCGUUGAGCGCCACUGUCAGUUCCAAUGAGCACACUUUUGAUAUCAAAUUUCACGCAACUGAUGGAUCGAAAUCAUUGACUGCACUUGGCCACCGCAGUGUAGGCCUUGCCUACUCGCCAGCUUUGAGCACACCUAAGACUGCUGGAGAUCUGGGUGCUCACAAGCAUUACAUGUUCACUCAGACUGACUUGGGCGUUGGUGAAACAAUUCAUGGGCUUGGUGAGCGUUUUGGGGCCUGGAACAAGGUCGGCCAAAACAUUGAAGUUUGGAAUGAAGAUGGCGGCACAUCGAGUGAGCAAGCUUACAAGAACGUGUCGUUCUGGCUGAGUUCCAGAGGCUAUGGUGUCUUCAUUGAUACUCCCGAUAAGAUUGACCUGGAAAUUGGAAGUGAAAGGUGUGCUAGACUGCAGACUACAGUGGAAGGACAACGAUUGAAAUGGUAUCUCAUAUAUGGCCCUACUCCAAAGGAAGUGCUCACAAAGUACUCCAUCCUUACUGGAAAAUCAACCCGUGUGCCUGCAUGGUCGUAUGGACUGUGGCUCAGCACCUCUUUCACAACUUCUUAUGAUGAAAAGACAGUCCGCCAUUUCGUUGAGAAAAUGUCCGAAUCCAAGAUUCCCGUCGAGGUCUUCCAUUUCGACUGCUUUUGGCUCCGUGCUUUUCACUGGUGCGACUUCAUUUGGGACCCUGAGUCCUUCUCCGACCCCGCAGGUCAAAUCACGCGCAUGAAAAAAGACGGACUCAUCAACAAGGUCAGCGUCUGGACAAACCCAUAUAUCGGUCAAGCAAGUCCCAUUUUCCAAUAUGCAGCCGACAAAGGCUAUCUGCUCAAGAAAACAAACGGCGAUAUAUGGCAGUGGGAUCUCUGGCAGACGGGUAUGGGUAUUGUCGACUUCACGAAUCCUGAAGCGUGCGACUGGUUCAGAGACUGCAUGGAGAAGCUUUUCGAGGUCGGGGUCGACUCCAUCAAGACCGACUUUGGCGAGCGUAUUCCCACCAAGGAGGUCCAGUGGCACGACAAGACUGUGGACCCGAACCGCAUGCACAACUACUACGCCUUCAUCUACAAUAAGAUAGUCUAUGAAGCAGUCCAGAAGCGAUACGGAAAGCACGAAGCCAUCCUUUUUGCGCGCACAGCAUGUGCUGGCUCCCAGCGAUUCCCACUUCACUGGGGAGGUGACUGCGAGUCUACCCCUGCUGCGUUAUCCGAGUCAGUACGUGGUGGUCUGAGUCUGGGACUUGCAUCAUUCGCAUUUUGGACAAGCGACAUUGGAGGGUUCGAGGGCAAGCCACCUCCUUGGAUCUACAAGCGAUGGGUUGCUUUUGGCCUACUCAACUCUCACAGUCGACUUCACGGCUCAAGCUCGUACCGCGUGCCAUGGCUGGUCGACGACUCUUCUACAGAGCCCGAUAGUUGUACUGAUGUGCUGCGACAUUGGGUGCAACUCAAGCGCAGCCUGAUGCCCUAUCUCUAUGCUCAGGCUGAGGAGAGCGUCGCAAACGGUUGGCCGACUAGUGUUCGUGCGGUGGCUCUGGAAUUUCCAGAUGACCCCACAUCCUGGUACUUGGAUCGCCAAUUCAUGGUCGGUAGCCAGAUUCUGGCUGCUCCAGUCUUCGAAGAGGAUGGCACCGCUGAGUUCUAUCUUCCGCUAGGUCGCUGGUUCAGCUUCUGGGAUGGCAAAGAAGAACAAGGUGGCCGAUGGGUCAGGGCAAAAUACGGCUUUCUCCAAUUGCCAUUGUUCGUUCGUGAAGGCACUGUGUUGGUGCUCGGACAAACUCAAGGCGAGGGCGGCUUCGGAUACGACUGGCUCGCUUCUGGCGGCGAGGUUAGGCUCUACGGCGUAAAAUCAGGUGAUAAAGCAGUGUUGGUGGAUACCAAGGGCGAGCACAAGGGUAUCUUAGAGGUCGACGCCAAUAGUGAAGUCAAAGGCAUGGAUGUGCUGAGCGGGGAUUGGAAAGUCUCGAAACUGGGAUAG